UUAACAAGAAGCCGUGCUUCUCCUCGCCACCGCCUCUCUUUAUAUGUGCUACAAAUCCCGAGGUCGUCUUCAACCAUCCGUUGUUCUCGAUCGCCGGCCGCGCUCCUCUCUCUCAGGUACAGGCUACUGCUACUCUUCAAUCUCCAAGUCUUCUCUUUUUCUUCCGUUCAUGGAACCCUCCACCCAGUUCCAAACCCUAGAUCCUUCAUGCCCUCCGCCGCCUCCCGCUCACGAAACCCUAGAUUUCCAGUACCCUCCUCCUCCUCCUCCUCCUCCUCCUCAUGAAUCCUUUGAUAAUCAUCAGUACCAAGAUGCGAGCCACCUUUCCUCUCAAAACCCUUCGAUUACUCAUGGAUCUGAUGCUCGAGCUCAAGCCGAUCAUGAAACCCUAGGUCACGCAUCUGGCGAAAACCCUAACCCUACGGAAGCAUCGUUGACUGCGCAAAAGCCGGUGGUAUCUGAGAAUGGGCUCGCUAUGACUCACAGUGGCACUGACAAGGAUUGCUCUGGUGGGGAGGAGGAAACUAGCAGUCGCCGCCGCCGGCGGAGCCGUUGGGACCCGCAGCCUGAUUCCGAGCAGAACGCUGAUGGCUCUGGUAGUGGUGCCCGGAAGCGGAAGUCCCGGUGGGCUGAUGAGGAGCCGAAGCCGGUUGUUCAGCUUCCAGAUUUCAUGAAGGACUUCACAGCGGACCUUGACCCUGAGGUACAAGUCUUGAACGCUCGUCUUCUUGAGAUCAAUAGACUUUUCCAGUCGGGGAUGGCCCUCGAUGAUCGCCCCGAGGGUGCUCGAUCUCCAUCUCCUGAGCCUAUCUAUGAUAACAUGGGGAUUCGCAUCAACACUCGCGAAUACCGGGCUCGUGAGCGUCUCACAAGAGAACGGCAAGAAAUCAUAUCUCAGCUCAUAAAAAGAAACCCUGCUUUUCGGCCACCCGCAGAUUACCGGCCUCCAAAGCUCCAGAAAAAGCUCUAUAUCCCAAUGAAAGAAUACCCCGGCUACAACUUCAUAGGGCUGAUUAUUGGCCCUAGAGGGAACACCCAGAAACGGAUGGAGAAAGAGACUGGUGCCAAGAUUGUUAUUCGUGGUAAAGGAUCUGUGAAAGAAGGAAGAUUGCAGCAGAAGAGGGACUUGAGGCCUGACCCGGCAGAGAAUGAGGAUUUACAUGUGUUGGUUGAGGCUGAGACUCAGGACGCUUUGGAUGCAGCUGCUGGAAUGGUGGAGAAGCUGUUAACUCCAGUUGAUGAGGUGCUCAACGAGCACAAAAGACAACAGUUGAGGGAGCUUGCAGCAUUGAAUGGGACUAUCCGGGAUGAUGAAUUCUGUCGGCUCUGUGGCGAACCUGGGCACAGGCAGUUUGCAUGUCCAGCUCGAACCACUACUUUUAAAAGUGAUGUACUUUGUAAAAUUUGUGGUGAUGGGGGCCAUCCUACCAUCGAUUGCCCUGUGAAGGGAACAGGGAAGAAGAUGGACGAUGAGUACCAGAAUUUCUUGGCGGAGCUUGGUGGAUCAAUGCCCGAGUCUUUAACUAAACAGAGUUCACCAAUGGCUGCUAUUGGUUCGGGUUCCUCUGGAACUGGUGUUGGAGCAUCUGCGUCAAAUGGUAUCAAGAAAGAGUAUGAUGAGACUAACUUGUACAUUGGUUACUUGCCACCAACUCUAGAGGAUGAUGGUUUGAUCAGACUCUUCUCAUCUUUUGGUGAAAUUGUUAUGGCUAAGGUCAUCAAGGAUCGGAUCACAGGAUUGAGCAAAGGUUAUGGGUUUGUCAAGUACUCCAAUGUGGAACAGGCCAAUCAGGCCAUUGCUGCAAUGCAUGGAUAUCAUUUGGAAGGCAGGAUAAUUGCUGUGCGUGUUGCUGGCAAGCCCCCUCAGCCCACUGUGCCCCCAGGUCCUCCAGCACCCCCACCACCAGCUUAUCCCACUCAAGAUGCGUCUACUGGUGCCUAUCCUUCUCAGCAGUAUGUGUCUGGUGGGCCUAUCACCACUCCUCCCCCGCCGCCUCCCGGGAGUUAUGUUGGUGCACCGGUUCCUUGGGGACCACCUGUUCCACCUCCAUAUGCUGCAUAUCCUCCUCCACCCCCACCUGGUUCAAGCAUGUAUACCCCUGUACACCAAGGCCAACCCAUGCCUCCUUAUGGUUACCAAUACCCUCCUCCACCCCCACCUCAGGCUCUUCCUCCUGGUGCCCCUCAAAGUACUGAAGGGAUGCAAACACAGUCACACAGUGGUACUUCUGUCCCACCACCUGUGCCUGGCAGCAUGUAUGGAAGUUCAGCACCAGGAAUUGCACCAAUUGCUCCUCCUGCAUAUCCACCCCCUCCUUAUGGGUAUCAACCCUAUUAUACUGCUGUCCCUCCACCUGCGCCCUCAGCAAGUGUUGAUCCUGUCUCAAGCUUAGCAAAUGCACCAUGGGCUUCAAAUGCAUCAGUGGCAUCUCUGCCUCCCCCACCUGCUGAACAAACGACCCCCUCUGGCACUGACACAGAGUAUGAAAAGUUCAUGUCAGAGAUCAAGUGACAUGCCUAUCAGAGGGCUUGCUGUCUCUGCUUUGAAAGCUUGAGGUUUUAUGGAGAUAUAAUCAACCUGAUUUAUUUGCUCUUGCUUGGCUUCAACCAGUUGGAAGUUUGGGACUCACAUCUUUAACCUUGCUGUGCAGCUAAUAUCAUUGCAGAGGCUGCUGGUCCCAAAAGCUUAUUGUUUUCUGUAUCAUCAGGCAAAAUUACUUGUUGGGUUUAUCUGUUUCUUAACAAUUCCUUUUGCUGGCAGAUCCAUAUUUCUUUUGGUCUACAGGUGUACUCUACUUCAGUUCAGCGAAGACGUUAUAUGCUUCUUAAUCUGUUCUA